UGGUUUAAAAGUUUUCAAACCAUUGUGAUUUUUAUGAUAAGGGAUGCAAGGCUGGAAUAUCAAACUUGUUUGAGAAAUUCAAAACCAACAAAAAAUAGCUAUGGUAAGAAGAGUUCAUUGCAGGUAAAUUUCAGGUAAAGAGAUUUUGAAAACAGCAUGCUUAACAAAAUUUAGGAUUUGAUUGGGUUGUAAACCAUUCCUCUAUGAGAGCAGUUGGGAGCCUCUACCAACUGAUGUACCAAGCCACAAGUUGUGAGCAUCAUGGAAAUUUGAUCUUUUGUAACACAGGUAAUCAACGCAGGGAAUUUCUGGGCUCACCCUGUUGCUGGUCCUAGCAGCGAAUUCCAAGACUUUAUGGGAAAACUGAAUGAUCAUUUUAGAAAGGAUACAAACUCACAAGCUAAUAAUCAGGUGGAAAAGGGUCAGAUGUGUGUGGUAAGGCGGACCUCAGAUAACUGCUGGUAUAGGGCAAGAGUUCAAACUGUAUUACAAACACUGAGUGGACCGCAAGCAAGUGUUUUUCUUGUGGAUAUGGCAGAGAGUACCUUGGUUCCUUGUUGCAGGAUUAGGGAAAUACCAGAGCUAUUUCAGAACAUCCCAUUUCAGGCCAUGGAAUGUUUGUUAGUUGGUGUUCAACCACUUGGUCUUGUUACAUCCUACUUUGAUCUGACUACCUCGAAACAAGUUACUGAUCACUGGGAUGAAGCUGCUACAAACCUCUUUAAAACCCUCAUACAAGGAUGUAAGCUUCAAGUUACCAUCCAUAAACAAGAUGAGAAAGGAAAGUAUCAUGUGUUACUAUUGGCUGACUCAUGAAGAGUCUAUGAGCCAGCGAAGCACUAAUAGGUAUUUGGGGAUAAGGGAAUCCCCUUUGGUUGUGUUAAGACAACAGGUUUUAGGACAUGGAUCAUGUCAGGAAAACAAUAGCUCACUUCAAAAGCCUUCAGCGAGACUUCCAGAAGGUGCGUGCGAGGGCCUUUCGUCUCAGAGACUCUCAGAAGAAAAGACAUUUAGCAGUGAAAAGUCAGAAGAUGAGCUAAUGCAUGGAUCUAGAAAACCGGCAGCAGCAUCGAGUGACAAUAAUUCAGGAAGGGUGCGAUUUCUUUCAUCUAGACUGCCAGCAACAGGUAGUGGUAUGAGGGGAGGUUUUCAUCCAAUGUCAUCAAAAUCUCCAGAUGCCGUGAAUCUGAAGCCCAUUCUUAAAAAGAAAAGUGCUCACAGUGGAUCUUCCACUGAGGCAGAUGAAUUUCGUCCGAGAAGACGGGCAGACAGAGACGGUUCAGGUGUUUCCUACUGUGAAAUACCUGAAUUUUCCUCUAAUGGCUCUAAUGGUGAAAUCUUUCUUAAAGAAAUAGAGGAAAAAGAACAGUCCCCCCGAAAUAGUUCAAUAAGUGUAGAUACCUUGUUUAGCCAACACAACGUUAGAUUGCCUUUUGAAAAUUCUAUUUCAGCUAAGAGGAUAGUUCAGGAAACUGAGUCACUGUCUAAAACUACUGCUGUGGCAAAUAGAAAUGAAGAAGAUCGGCAAAGAUUGCUAUCUUCAAUAAAGACCCUAAAAGAAACCUGUGAGAGAGACUGCGGGUCAACUUUAGAUCCCUCUACAGAUUUAGUACAAACAUGUGAGCCUCCAACGACUAAAAGCAGCUCAGAAAUUGCAUGUCGCUCUGAACAUUCUCCAAUACAAUCCUCAACAAGCUUACAUAUGGUUGAAGGGAGAAAUUUAAGUGAAAAAUCUACACAAUUGUCUCAACUGUUGCAGACUUCUUGUGGUUCUUUUGGAAAGUCUCCUCUUCCUUCAGAAAUACUAUUACCCACACAGAAGUCUGCUUCACCAGUACAACGCACAACAAGUGGAAAAAAGUUAUUAUAUUCUGAUGGUGUUAUUGUUUGCUCAGAGGGUGCACCUGCUCCAAAGCCGGUCUUUUCACCAGAGUUUUGCCCAUUUCCUCAUUAUUUGCUUCGGCUUGGUAUUUUGAAUCCUAGCUUACUUCAGGCACAUGCUUGGCCUGCUCUUCUGAGAGGACGUGACCUUGUAGGCAUUUGCCAAGCAAAUGAUGCACAAAUACAUGCGUACUUACUGCCAAUUAUUUAUCAGUUGGUAGAAGAAAGGGAAAUUUAUGCGGAUCUACCAAAGUUUUCAAGUGGGCCGCAGUUUCUUAUCCUUGCUUCAACAUGGGGAGCUGUUGUUGAUAUCUUCAGGCAAUGCAAGCUCAUUCUAGCUAAAACCAGGAACAUUAGUGUGCAGCUGAUAUUUGCUGCUGGUGCAGAAGAGAAUCGUAUCAUACCACUAGUGAAUGGCUGUGAGAUCCUGAUUGCUACACCACCUUGCUUCCUUCGAAUGCUCAGGAAAUGUUAUAUAUCCCUUGAUCGACUCUGUCACUUGGUAUUUCAUGACGCGGACAUAAUGGUGGAGGACUUCACAUCUGAGAUCAAAUGCAUCAUGAGACACUACGCCAACCUAUUGAAAUCCCAAACCUGUCGUUCAGCACCACGGCAGGCAGUUGUCAUGGCUUCGUCUUGGAGUGUGGGUAUAGCAUCACUGGUGAAGGCAUAUCUUGCGAAUCCUGUGGUGUUGAUUCCUGACAUGAUUGAAGUAGCUAUCUACAGGGGUGUGCAACAAAUUGUAACAUUUUGCUCCGAGAGCCAGAGAGAUGUGGAACUUCUUGGUUACCUGGAAUCGUUUAUUAGCACAAAAGACAUUUGUGUUUUCACUUCCACGGCAGCGGAAGCAGAGAACGUUGGACAAAUCCUGAAUGCAAACUGUUAUUUUGCUCUUGUGGCACACAAUUUUCUACCACCUCAUGAACUUGACAAUAUUCAGAGACAGUGGAACACUCCUCACACCACUGAUACUAUGCCAGUUCUAGUUAUAGCGGAAGACGUUAUUGGUCAGAUGAACAUCACAAAUGCCUCAUGUGUAAUACACUUCAACUUUCCUGGUUCAAAGACACGAUUUAGCAAAAGACUCUCCACUCUAGCUGGGACUUUUACAUCAUCUGAAGAGCAUGGCUGUGUCUCUGUUAUUUUUGUGACUGAUGGCCGAAAUAUGUAUCACGCUCCUUCCAUACGUCAGCUUGUACAGAGAUCAGGUCAGGAAGUUCCACAACUACUUGAUGCAAUGGCCGACCUUGCAAAACAGGAAAAAGAAAAGGUUAAGGAGUUGUGUUAUUCUCUGAAAGCUUUUGGAACUUGCAGAUACCAAAGGGGAACGAGAAACUGUUUGCAGAGACACUCAGUGUUGGCAGAGUUGGAUAAACCAGCAAAAGGAAUUCCUACGUCUGGCAUAGUUAAGAUACUGAUUACGAGUGUAAUGGAUGCAACUUGUUACUGGGUGCGAAUCCUUGAGCACAAACCCUCCGGUGCAAACCCGCUGAACAGUCGAACUGUAGACUGCACAGAGUUCCUGGAAUUAACAAUGGCAGUCAGUCGAUGGUACGCUGAUUCAAAUCAUCGGGUUAAGCAAGAGUUGGUUUCUGUUGGUGACCUGUGUGCUGUGAAGCUAAUUAACAGCAGUUCCUACAAUAGAGUGAAAGUGUGCUAUGUAACUAAGGAAGAUCACAGUAAAAAGCCAGUGGAAGUGCGGGUUCAAUAUGUUGACAGGGGAAAUUUUGAAUUAGUUCAUGUGGACAGACUUCUGCAGUUGCCUCCCCAAUUUCACUCCUGUCCCUUCCAGGCAGUUGAGGUGUUCGUGUGCAGAUUACAACCUUUGGAUAAAGACACUGACUGGACUGACGAGACGGCAGCAUAUAUCACACGCCUCAUUGAAGGCAAGGAAAUGGAAGGAAGAGUUGUUUUGAGCUUAGGCAACACGAUGUGGCUGGAUCCUUUGGUCGAGAGGAAAUAUCUUCCCAACAUCAAUGUUACGACCAAUGCGUUGAAUGUUAGGAUGGAACUGUUGAGGGAAAAACGUGCAGCUGAAAACAAACAGCACGUGCGCUUGCUGAGAAACCUUUGUGAGGGGGUCAUUGUUUUACAGCCUCUGGAAGGAGGACAAACUCGUGUUUCGGAUGUCAGUGAACAGUUGCCUGCUCUGGAAACAAGUGUGCUACCUGAGGAAGGAUUCCACUCUGUGUAUGUGUCUGCUGUGGAAAAUCCAGGACUUUUUUUUGUCCAGCUGAAGUCUUCAGAAGAAAGCUUAGAGGACCUGAAGCAAAAGAUUAACUCUGGAGUCAACAAAGUUGAAUCGGAGGAGAACGAGAUCCCAAUUGGCUCGCUCUGUGUUGCAAAGUUUUCCGAAGAUGACCUUUGGUACCGGGCGCGUGUCCUGGGCAGCAGGCCAGAUAAAGAGUAUGAUGUAUUUUAUGUGGACUUUGGUGACAGAGAGUGGGUAACAGCGGACAGGAUUGUUCCAGCUUGGAAUGACAUCCUUCAGCUGCCCCUCCAGGCUGUUGAGUGCUCGCUUGUCCACGUCGAACCUCUUGAGAAAGAAUGGAGCGAUGAGAGCAGCGACGCUUUCUGGGAAAUGGUGACUGAUCAGUUACUAUUCGCAAAGGUGAAAUCUAAGAGUGCGUCUCUGGUGGCUGGAUGCCACAGAUUUGCAAUUGAACUCUACAACACUAACACAGAACAUGACGUCAUUAUCAGCCACGAGAUGGUUGCAACGGGGCAUGCGCAGACGUCUGCUGAAGGAAUUAAGAUUUUAUUCCCGCACUCUUUUAUUUCUAGUGAGCAACACAAUUACAAAUGCCAUCUGAUGUGGAUUGCUUAAAAUUCUAUUAACCAAAACACUGAGAAAAAACGUGUUAUCGUUGAAAUGUAACAGUUUUUUGACAGGUGAUCAACAC